UAUUCGUUUGUUUAUCCUUUUAAUUUUAUUCAAAGACAGUUAGAAAUUAUUAAUCAGAAUAAUUGUCCGGUUCUGUAGUUUUUAUUUAAAUAUACACAUUCACGGUGCACCAAAGCAAAGUUUACUUACCUGAUAGUUGUUUAAACUACACUAAUCAAGUCUAAUCUAUCGUUUGUUAUGAGUAAUAUACCUGAUCCAAUUGCUCCAAUUGACAAAUCAUGCUUUGCUUUCCUCACUAUAACUGAAAGAUUACCAGAAAUAUUGGUUAAAGCAUUAGAUUAUUUUGUAAGAUCAUAUCGUGAUUUUUUAGUUUCACAUCAUGUUAACCUUUCUGACUCGGCUAAGGUUGAUGCUGAAGAAGAGGCCAAAUCAAUAUUGGGAAGCUUCUCAAAAUUACGUUAUGAGAUGAUGACAGACAAGCCAUUGGCCUAUUUGACUGAUAACAGCAGUGAUGUAACAAUAUGGAACAAGUGUUUUGAUUCAUGGACAGAGAAAUUGUCAGCUUGUCCAACCUAUUACUCAGUCUCGUGGUUAUAUGCCGAGUGUUACAUGUACCGACGGAUUCAUGAAAGUUUCGUGAAAAGCAAAUAUUUCACUUCUUUUGAUCCAUUCUAUGAACAAAAAAGGAAUGCCCUCAAGCAAUCAAUGAGUGCAACCAUUACAUUAGGUGAAUACGUAACUCAAUUAAAAACGUCUCCAGAUUCACUGAAAGAUGAAACAAUUAAAAUGAUUGAGGUUUCACUUUGGGGCAAUAAAUGCGACCUUUCAUUAACUGCUGGUAAAGACUGUUCACAAACUUCUAGUCCAUUGGAUGAUCUCCUGAAACUCCGAUCCAAUAUACUCAUUAAUGACAGUGAUAAAUUAUGGCAAAUUAUUCAAUCUUUAUCGUCCUCGUCUAACAAGCCUAUUCUUGAUAUCAUCCUGGACAAUUCUGGAUUUGAAUUAUUUACAGAUCUUUGUUUGGUUGAGUUCCUUCACUCAUCUGGUUUACUACCUGCUGAUAAAUGUUCAGUUCGUUGGUAUGUCAAAACAAUUCCUUGGUUCGUCUCGGAUGCACUUAAAUAUGAUUUUGAAUGGACUAUUGAUUAUCUGAUCCAGUGUUCGCAAUCUCCUUCUCUUCAAUCUUUGGGUAAAAAAUGGAAGGAAUAUCUUUCCUCUGGAACUUGGUCAAUUGUUGAAGACUCAUUUUGGACGCUUCCUUAUGAUCUCAGUUCCAUGAGUAACGUUUCUCCAAAGCUCUAUUCACAGCUUUCUCAAGCUGAUUUGUUAAUCUUCAAAGGUGAUCUAAACUAUCGCAAGCUUGUUGGUGACUUGGCGUGGGAAAACACAACUCCAUUUGAAACUGCUCUUCGUGGUUUCCAUCCAACUAAUCUGUGCACUCUUCGAUCAAUUAAAGCUGAGGUUUGUGUUGGAUUCAAGGAUAAAUCACAAUGGGCCUCACUUCCAGACAAUUGGAUGAGAUCGUCCGAUUAUGCUGUUAUACAACUUUUACCGAAAUAAUUGGUUCAAAGAUUACCAAAAAAUUGCAUGAAUUAAAUUUUUUGGAGGAUAGAAAAAGUGCGAGAAUUCAUUUUUUAACGAAAAAUCAAUUUGUUUCUAAUCAACUCUCAAGUACUAUUGAUUUUAAUACCAGUAUAUCAAGAAGACUCUGAUAACACACUUUUUAUGUCAAGCUUGGUAGAGCUUAAUUACUCAACUUAAUUUAACCAAAACUAACUCAUCAAUUUGUCGGUGCAUGCAAAUUAUUGAAUCAUUUCAACUGCAUGAAAUGAUCAAUUUUCAACUGCCUUGAAUCUUAGUAAUCAACACUUUUAAUCAAUACUUGUUUCCUUUAGUGUUGGGAAGAAGCUUUUUUAUUGUUCAAGUCUAACUUGAUUGUGACAACUAAAAUCAAUUUGUUUUGCUUAGCUUCAAAGUAAAGUCAUAAAAUAAUUUAGUUGCAAGUAAACGCCAUUUUACCGGCUAA